AUGCUGCACGUGCAGACGCGGCCGGCACGCUCCGCCGGGCAGGCCGCGUGCGAGCAGCCGUUUGCCGCCGCCGCAGCAUCUGCCGGGCCGGGCACGAAUGCGGCGCUCUCGGCGCUGCUCGACGAGCUCUGCGCGGCGCCGGGCUCAUCGCGCGAGUCAGAGCCGCUGCGGCGCCUGCGCGCCCACCACCAGCCUCGCCCGCGCAGCAGUGCGGCCAUCCGCGAGGGCCGGCCGGCGCACGCCGGCGGCCGCUGGGCUGGGCUCGAGCAGGGCGUCGAGACGGAGCUGUGCUGGCGCGGCAACCUGCUCGUGUGGAGCCGCGGCCGGCACGUUGUGCGCACCUUCACCUUCGAGGAGGACGUGGCGCAGGCCUGCUGGGCCUGGAUCGACACGGCACGCAUCGACGGCAGCGAGCCGGCCGCCAGCGCCGGGCCCUCGAAGCCCACGCCGGCUCACACAGUGCUGCAGACGCGCAACGCCAUCUCGCCGGCGCAGCGCCAGCUCCGGCGCACGCCGGCAAGCGCAGCAGAAGAGGCGCCGCAGCUCUCGCGAGCGCUGUGCGUCUGCCUGCGCCGCUCGCUCGUGCUGCACUUUCCAGCGACGGGCGCGCAGCACGUCGUGGCCAUCGGCUUCCUCGCCGAGCGCAUGUUCCCGGCCAGCGUCGGCCUCGUCAUCGAUCGCGCGAGCGAGCGUGACGACCAGACGCUCACGGAGAGGAGUACGAACGGCGCAGUGCAGACGCCCCUGCGCGGCAAGAAGCGGCUCAGCGACGGCACAGAGGACGACGAUCUGGAGAAUGCGUCCAUCGCCUCGCGCCUCGAGGCGCACGGCAUGGGCGCAGAGGGCGACGGGGCGCACCCGGGCGAUGCAGAGUCGCCGCUGCCGUCGCUGUUCUAUCUGCGGCGCUGCAACGACGAGCCUGGCGCCGUGACGCGCGUGCAGCGCAUCACGCAGGCAGGCGAUGAUACAGCCACGGUCCACGGGCCCGCCAGCGAGUUCAACGAGCUGGAUGAGCGUGUCGUCUUCGUGGCGGACACGUCGAGAGGCCGCGAGGCUCCACACCCGCUCAUCGUCACGGCGAACCAUCGUCGCAAGUGCGUGCGCAUCUAUGCGUUCGCUCAUUCGGCCAAGCCGCUGCAAGUGGGCGCAAGCGACGCGGCGCAGCGGCUGACGACGGUCGCAGAGAGCGGCCCCUCGCAAGCGUCUGGGCCGAGUCAGCUGCAGAGCCAGAUGCAGACACCGGCGCCGCCCGGCAUCGGACGCGGGCGGCCGCCACCACGCAAGAGCGCACGCAAGGAGGCCGAGCGGCGCAUCAGCGGCUCGCAGCCGCGGCGCUACAGCUCGGGUGUGAGCAUGCACUCCAUUGCCCGCAACGGCGUCGGCAACUCGAGCCAGUACGGCGACGAGCUUGUCGACAUGCUCGAUGCAGGGCACGAUUCGAUGCUCCUCUCCGACGACGUCGGCAUGCGGUCCUCGCGCGUGCCUAGCGGCCCGGCUGCCGGCACGAGGCUCAGACGUGCGUCCCACGCGGUAGGCGCUGCAGGGCCGUCGACGGCGCGUACGCCGCACGGUCAGCGCGUGGCCAGCAGGCAGAGCCAGGGCGGAGCGCCAACGACAGCAGCGCGCCCAUCGCGGACCAGUAUGUCGCAGCCGGCACGGCUCUCCGAGCUGGGCACCAUCCCGGGCGAGCUUGAGAACGAAGGAUUCAGCGCGCCGCUGCCGACGCUGGCCAGCCAGCGCGAACACAUCUUCAUGCCUGGUCCGUCAGCCUCGUCCACGUAUCACAAGAAGACCGCGCACCCCGAGACGCACCCGGAUAGCGUGCUCUUCUCGCAGGCCUUCGCCAGCAUGGCGCUGCUCGAGGAGAUCGACGUACCUGAGCUUGACAGUCUCGAGUCGUCGAUGGCCGUGAGCGCGUUCUUUCUCGACAGCUAUCAGAGCGAGGCGAGCCUCUUCUACGUGCACGUUCCCGUCGCGCAGAAGCUGCUCGCUCGAGAGCUCUUCGUCGGCGGCGACCGCAACGCUUCGGCGACGCUCAUGACACGCGAGCCGGCAUCUGCGCGUGCUGCAUCCGAGCUCGCUGUCCGCGCAGCUGUCCCGAUCGCCUGCACCGGCGAUCUGCGCGCGGAUGUAGCCCUCAUCGAUGCUGCCAGCGGUGCGCUGUACCUGUCUAUCGGCGCUCCAGGGCCGCUGGCCGCAACGAUUCCCAUCGCCCUCGAAGGGCCGCUCGAGAGCGUCAUCACCUGGAGCGAGGCAGAGGUGCUCGUAUGCAAGCGCAGCGCGGCAGCUGCCUCGCAGACAGCCGUUAGUCUGGACCUGCGACCGCGCUGUGCGCUCACCAGCGCCCUCCUGCGCACUCUGCGUGGCGUGCUGCCUGGCGCCGCGGUGGGCGCCCUCAUCGCGCAGUGGCUCGCAAGGCGUCGUCAGCCCGGCAGCGCAACGACAGACUGGGCUUGCCUCUGCGAAACGCUCGGCAUCGCACGCACACAAGAAGAGCGUCCUUUGGACGCCGGCCAACGACUCGCCCGCACACGAUCAGUUCAACUGCGACGCCCGCUUGGCACUGCUCGCACCGCUGUGAAGAGCGCUAUGGACGCUGGUCUGCUGGGCGAUGCCGAGAACGCCGCGGUGCUGUCCGUCGUGCAUGCGAUGGCGCAGACAGCGCGUCUCGACGUUCUCUCUCGCGUGCACGACUUUGAGCGGCUCGCCGAGCUUGCGCUCGGCCUGUCGCGCCGCUGCGGCUGGCACUCGUGGGUCGACUAUUGGCUACGUCUGGCCCCGCAGUUCGCAACAGACCAGCUGCCGGCCGGACCGCAGCACCAGAGCGCGUCGCCGGAGCGUACUCCGCCGGACGUGGUCCAGCAGCUACUGGAAAGAAUGCAGGGCCGACGAGACGAGACGCUGUGCGACAUGCUCGCGCUUCCGACGAUCGCGGCCGGCGCCAUGACACCACGAUUCGCGCAGCUCGACCGCAUCUUUGCGGCGUUCGCAGAGCCGAGCCCUGCACAGCUGAUGCAGCAGCAGACGUUCAGCGGGCGACCGCUGACUGGCUCACUCCUCAAGUGCUGCGCCGUCGUCGAGGCGAUGCUCACGCAUGGCCUUUCGAGUGCUGGCCUUGCGUUGCUGCCGCCGCUGCUGGCGCUGCCUCUGCGCGAAGCGAUGCGAACAUGCCAGCUUGACCCGCCGGCUGCGUGGCCGCGAGCUGCAUACGAGCUCAUCGACCGUCCCGAUCUUGCGCUGCAGACCAUCGACGCCCCGCUCAACAUUCCAUCGGCAUCUCUUCCACGCGCAUUUGCGGCCGACACGUCGAUGAGCAAGACACUGCCGGCCGGCGUAUCUCUGCAUCCAGUCGCCGGACAGAUCUUCAACGAGGACUACCGGCUGCGUGACGUGGCCGAAAUGCUCGAGACUCGCCGAGCGGUGCAUGUCUUGCGCCCGAAGCUCCAAGACAACGCAACUGAGCAAGAAACGAAGGACUCUCUUUCGCAGACGCAUCACGCCGCCGUUGAGCGCAUCAAGGCCACGAGUGUAGGACGAGCUAUGCUAUGCAUGGCGACGCGCGUCUUCGUGCCGACGAGCAAGGUCCGCCUGCACCGUCUCGUGCUGGACGUGCAGCUCUCGCCGCCGCCGGAGGGCGUCAAGUACAGCGAGCCGCGCCCAGACGCGGCGGAGCUCGAGUGGCCCGAGUUCCACAACGGCGUGGCAACAGCGCUGGAGCUGUCCAUGCAGUCCGUCUCGCUCGACUCGGGCUGGAUCUUCAGCCAUCACACCGGAGAUGUGUCGCCACGCGAGGCCGGCUUUCUGCUCGGCAUCGGCCUGCUUGGCCAGCUCUCGGCGCUCGGCCGCGUUCACAUGUUCCGCUAUCUGCGGCCACGGAGCGGCGGACUGGCGCCGGUCGCGAUUCUGCUCGGUCUCGGUGCCUCGCUCAUCGGCACGGGCGACGUGGCGACGCGCCAGCUGAUCGCCAUGCAUCUGCCAGCCUUCCAGCCGGCCGGUUCUCUCGAUCUCAAUCUGACCAUGAUCGAGCAGGCCACGUCUCUGAUGAGCAUGGGCCUGCUCUUCAUGACGAGCGACCACGCCUGGACCGCUGGCCGGCUGCUCGACCAAAUCGGCGCCGCCGAAGUGCGUGCGGCGCAAGGCAACGUCUCGCAGCGCGAGGCAUAUUCGCUCAGCGCUGGCCUGUCGCUCGGCCUCGUCAUGCUGGCCAAGGGCCGCCGCGCGGAGAUGCGCACGACUGCAGAUCGAGCCACAAUCACCACUCUGACGGCACUGAUGCAUGGGCCACCGGCGCCUCUCCUGCACGACGACGACGAGGACGACGAAUCGCGCCCGCGUGUGGACAUCAGUACGACGGCGAUGCCUGCGACGAUUGCGUUGGGCCUCAUCUACCUGCGCAGCAACCGUGCUGACAUGGCCAGCCUGAUCCAGCUGCCCGCCAGCGAGGCCGACCUGGACGUGGUGCGGCCAGACGUGCUACUGGUGCGCGUUCUGGCCCGAGGCCUCAUCAUGUGGGAUGCCAUCGCUCCCACUAGCGCGUGGCUGGACUCGAGCUUGCCGUCAUUUCUGCAGGGCCACCGUCCGGCCAGUCUCGGCGAGGCCGCGCAGCUUGCCUACUACAAUAUGCGCGCUGGUGCCUGCUUUGCGCUGGCGCUCAAGUACGCUGGCUCGGCCGAUCCCGUCGCUCAGGGCAUCGUCAUGACGGAGCUUCGUGCUUUUGCUAAGGAGGCCGCCGUGCGCGCGUCAACGUUCUUCGCCAAGAUCCGCCAGCACGCCCUCUGCGCCGGCGUCGAGCUGCUCGGCGUCUCUGCCGCCAUGAUCAUGGCUGGCACCGGCGACCUCGAGCUGCUCAAAUUCCUGCGCAUUCAGCACGGCCGCCAGGACGCCUCGGUCGGCUACGGCGCGCAGAUGGCCACCCACAUGGCGCUUGGCCUCCUGUUCCUGGGCGGCGGCCGCUUCACGCUGGGCACGUCCGACUCGGCCAUCGCAGCGCUUGUCAUCGCGCUCUUUCCGCGCUUCCCGGGCACGGCGCAGGACAACCGUGCGCACCUGCAGGCCUUCCGGCAUCUCUGGGUGCUCGCGGUCGAGCCUCGCGUGCUCGUUGCGCAGGACGUGAGCACUGAAUCGCUCGCAAUUCUGCCGCUCCGCAUUGUCACCCGAGAGGGCAAGGAGAUCGAUGCCCGUGCGCCGACGCUCCUGCCGACGCACGACACGAUCAAGUCGCUGGCAACGGACAGCGCGCGCUACUGGCCCACGGCACUGGACGUGACUGGCAACGCUUCGCAUGCGCGCGCUCUGCUCGGCAGCCAGACCGUCUUCGUUAAGCGCCGCGCCGGCCAGCUCAGCUAUGCCGACGAUCCGCACGGCCGGCACGCGCUCAGCACGCGUGCCACGGGCCUCGAAGCGCUGCUUGCGGACGCCUGGAGCACAGUCAUGGACGACGAGAGCCUAGACGAGCUCGUCGACUCCUUCUCCAGCAGCAGAGAGCACGCGAUCUUCCUCGAACGCAUCUGCGCAGCGCCGUGGCACAACGAGGCGCCUGCGACACGCGCUGCACGAGGCUUCUGCCUCAACGCCCUGAUGACGGACCUCACGUUGGACCAGAGCGGCACGCUAUCCACGCGCCUGGCGCUCGCUUUCGACGCAAGACAGCCCGCGGCUCGCUUGGCGUUUGUGCGCGAUAUGCCACUGCUCUCGGCGGUCUACGGCGACUUCACGCGUCUGUUUGGCGAGCGUGCGCCGCUCUUGCAGCGCACAUUCGUCGACGAGGCGUUCGCCUCGGCGUCCAGCGACAUCACAGACGCCCUUCUCUCCGGCGCGCAGACGCCGCUCGCGCUCGCGCUGCAGGCGUAUGCACGCGACGGGAGCAUGCCUGGUUCCGAAGCGCUGCAGCUGGCGCUCUUGCUCGCUGCUGCAGAGAUGCCGUCGCACGCCGAAUUGGCUGCGCUCCGCCACCUCGCGACAGAGGCGCGAGCCAAUACCUCGGCGGAAGCGUGCGCUGCAGCGGUCCGCAGCUGCGUCUCAUCCUUGCGCGAAGCACGACGGACCAGCCCCGACAAGCCGAUUCACCGCACUGUCCACGUCGAGCCGGUGUGGAGCCCGCUCGCGCUCGAUCAGAUCAUCGCCGCCUGGCACCUCUGA